AUGAAUUUUCAAUAACAACCAAAUAUCAUCAGUGGAGAUUACUUUUUGUAAACUUUCUUUCUAAUCAAUAACCUUUAUAAUCAAUAAAUAUUUUAAUACAUGAAUUCUUUGGUGGAUUGUGCUCCAAAAGCAGAGUAUAAAGAAGAAAAUACUAAUAUUUUGGGGGAUUAAAAUACUGAUAGAAAAAUACAGAAGCCACACUAGGUCAUUAGAAAUUAACCAGUUGCAAGAAAAUCCUUAGAAAUACUUAACUAAGCAAAUACUCGUUCAGAUGAUGAGGACAGUUCAUCAAGAGUGAAUGGUCAUUGGAGCAAACAAGAACAUCAAUUGUAUCUUUAAUUUGUCAAUGACCACGAAGCUAUCCUGCGAUCUAAAUAUGAUAAGAAAUCAAAGAAAAUCUUUAAAUUGAUGAGCCAAUGUAUAUAAACAAGAACAGCCACUUAAUGCAGAUCGCAUCACUAAAAGUUCAAUCCUCUAUAAAAAGGCAAAAGAAAAGCAAGAAACCUUGCACGGGCCAUACCAUGUGUGAUUACUUAAGAAAAUUGA